AGAUCUCCAGAUAAGCCAUAUACAGCUACUGCUCAGGCCACUGUCAACCCACUGCUGCUUAUCAUCAUUAUACUGCUGCUCUCGUUGGUAUAAAAGCUCCUCUUUCUCUUUACUAGAUCCGCAUUCAUUUGACUAUGUGCAAGGGAUUAGCCACGCUUCCUGCGACCUGCCUGAAAAGUGCCAAAGACAUCAAGCACAAGAUAGGCUUCUUACUGCAGAAGCCCGAGCCCCAGACAGUCAGCCAGAAGCAGACCAACAAGGAGACUAAGAGAGAGGUCUCGGCUGCGGAGUUGGAGAAAUGGAAGAAGUCCUUUACCGAUCUCAUGAACAGUGAGGAUGGUCGCCAGGUCUUCACGAACUUCCUGAGGUCAGAGUUCAGCGAGGAGAACAUAGAGUUCCUCAACGCCUGCAAGGAGUUCAAGCAGUUGUCCCCUGCAAAGAUGGCUGCCAAGGCCAAGCUUAUCUUUGUCAAAUACGUUGAGACGGACUCACCCAAACAGGGUUUCUGCCCAACACCACCACUCAACCCUGCCCCCCGCAGGUCAACCUGGAUGCAGCCACACGUGAGGGGACCCGGCAGAACCUGGAGACUGGGAGCCCGUCGGCCUCAAGCUUCGACGAGGCCCAGCGCCUGAUCCACAUCCUGCUGGAGAAGGACUCCUACAGACGCUUCCUCCAGUCCAGAGCCAUGCAGGACCUGAGCCUCCGCUCUGAAAGCCGCAGUACAGGGACCCAGCAGCGGCAGCAGAAGACUGCUGGAGCCUAGAGAGGACCAAAAACACUAAAAGAAUGAAAUAAUUAAAGAAAAUAUUGAAUUAAAUUAAAUGGAGAAAAUAUAGAAUGUUAUGUAAGUUAUAUGGGAUCAGGUUGGCAGCUAGUGUAGAAACACGAGUGUGAGUGUUUAUAUGAGUGUUGUGUGUGUGUGUGUGUGUGUGUGUGUGUCUCUGUGUGUGUGUGUGUGUGUGUGUGUGUGUGUGUGUGUGUGUGUGUGUGUGUGUGUGUGUGUGUGUGUGUGUGUGUGUGUGUGUGUGUGUGUGUGUGUGUGUGUGUGUGUUUGUGUGUGUAAUAUAUAUCUUAUCUAUAGCCAGUGUGUUUGGUAAAUGUAGGUUUGUAGUUCAGCCAAUAGCAAAGGGAACAAUAUAUGUGAAAGUGUUUUACUUUAGUUUAGUUAGAAUUUGAGUCCCCAACCCUAACCCUUAUUUAUAGUAGUAAUUAUUCCCUCAUGCAACGAGGGGAUUAAACAUUUGUUACAUUCAGGCUACAUCCAUCCAAAUAUGUGGCCAAUAUGUUAUAUGUAAAAACAGAAAAGAAAAAAGGAUGGUGCCCUAUGAGGCUGACUUGUGUUGUUAUAAAACUUUGUUUGAACACAGCCAAGUAUACAAGCUGUUCCCAAAAAACGAUUGAGCAUGUUGUAUUGAUUGAUAAAACAACAAACAUUACCAACAAACAGCACAACAGAACAACCCAAGUCUACCUCUGUCUAAGUGACAUGGAUGGAAAAUGCAUGUGCACCACAUGCAUGUGCACGUGAACAUAAACACAGACGUAAAGGUGCACGCAGAGAAGAAAAUCGAGGAAAAUUUUUCAUCAAAGGUUUUUGCACAAACUUCAACAAUUUCACUUUUAAUACUUUAUAUGGUGUAUUUGAAUACAGCAUAGAGAUGUUGAUAAAGCAAAGUGAAGAAAAACAUGCCAUAAUCAUGUCAGACAUUAUUAUGAACCUGAAAUGCAAUUUCUGUAGUCUCAGCAGUGUACUGUCAAACCUGUGUGUAUUAUCUCACAGGUGUAGCGAUCUGCUGUUCAUAAUAAUGUGAAUGUAACCAAGAUUGAAUAAAGAUUUACUUUGGGGCCACCUGAA